GCGAAGGCUCCAAGUUCGGAGGGCGCAGGCUGCGCGGUGCGGUGCGGUGCUAGGGGGGAGCGAGGGAUGGCCGGCAGGAGCCAGGACCGGAGCCUGCGGGAGGAGCUGACAUGUGUCAUCUGCUGCGACCUCUUCAGCGAGCCCGUCAUGCUGGACUGCAUGCACCACUUCUGCAAGGCCUGCAUCCAGGGCUACUGGGAGAGCUGUGCCCGUGUCCCCUCCUGCCCCCAGUGCCGCCGCGAGUUCCCCAACCGGGCUUUCCGCACCCACUACCUGCUGUCGGGGCUGGUGGAGAAGGUGCGGCGCUGUGGCUCUGAGGAGCAUCGGCACAAGAUGCAGAAGCACCUGGAAGAUGCUUUGCAAGCUCGUCAGAAGGAGAUGGAAAACUUCUUGCAGAGGAAGCGUGCGGCACAGGAAGAUAUCUGUGGCCUGACGAAGGUUUCUGGAGAGCUGAACUUCAAGAUCCGUGCGGAGUUUACCCGCCUUCAUCAGAUCUUGGAGGAAAAGGAGAGAGCUGUGCUGGCAGAGCUGGGUGAAAAGGAAGAGCAGUCGCUGGCACGGCUGCACAGAGAUGUCCACCGGCUGGAGGAGGGAAUGUCGGUGCUGCAGAGGGACAUAGAGCGCAUAGAGCAGACCCUGAGCAAGAUGGAAGAGGUGUCAUUGCUGGAGGUGGAGAGCCUGGAUAUCAGGCCCUCGGUGCGUGUUGAGACCCAGCCUGCCUUUGACCUGGAGCACUACAGGGACAGCCGCGGUGGCCCCUUGCAGUACAUCUUCUGGAGACAGAUGCUGCAGUCCAUCUGCCCUGCUCCUGCCCCACUCACCUUCGACCCUGAGUCAGCCCACCCCAACCUGGUCUUCUCCAGAGACCUGACAGCUGUGACAGAGAGGAAUCGAGCCCCGCCUGUCCCCAGCAGCCCCCGGCGCUUCCGUCAGUGCGUCAAUGUCCUGGGCGCACAGACCUUCGACAGUGGCCAGCACUAUUGGGAGGUCUGGGUGGGCAGCAAAACCAAGUGGGACCUAGGGGUGGCCGCCGAGGCUGUGGACCGGGCAGCAAAGGUCAAGCUGUGCCCAGAGAAUGGCUACUGGACGCUUCGCCUGCGGAACAGGAGGGAGUACUGGGCCACCGCCACCCCCUGGGUGCGCCUGACUCCCUCCCAGCCCCUCCGGAAAGUGGGGGUCUUCCUGGACUGCCAGGAGGGCACUGUUACCUUUUUUGAUGCCGGGGACAUGUCCCACCUCUUCACCUUCCACCAGGUCUCUGCGGAGAGAUACUGCCCCUUCUUCAGCACCUGCUUCAGCGAUGGGAGGGACAAUGUGGAGCCCAUGCGCCUCUGCCACCUGGCCCUGUGAGGGAUGGGGAGGAGCAGGGCACUUUGGGGACACCAGCCUGGCUCCAUGGUUCUCCUUGCCAUGCUGCUGGUGGGCUACCUGGGGCCCUGCUGGAGACUGGUCCUGCAUGCAUGGACCUGGUGGGUGUUGGAGUGGCUGCUUUUGGUUUCAGUUUUGGGGGGAAGGAGAGGGAUGAGUCUCUUCCCAGCUCCUGUCUGCUGUCCCCUCUGCGUGCUGUGGGCUGCGGGUGCUGCACUGCAGUCCCAGAGGUGCCUGACACCCCUUGAAGAACAACCUUCCCUGCCAGGGCAUUGCACGUUCAGUACCUGCAGCCGCAGGGCUCCAGCAGAGGUGGCUGCAGGCUGCUUGCACCUCUUGUCCCUCUGCGCUCCUACCCAGGAGAGGAGGAGGGCAGCAGUCCCAGGCGCCUCUUACACAUCUGGUUCUUGUGGUGGGCUUUCUCUGCUCAAAGAGCUUUAUGGGGAAGGGCUCCGGGCCGGCGGCAGAGGGAGCUUGGCACAUGGUGUGGGUCCUACUGCAGCCCAGGGACUGCGUUGCUGCCUCCCUUCUACUCAGUCACCAUUAAAGCUCAUUAGACCACU